AUGGCCGGGGAUGGGCCAGGCAGUCCCUCAGGUCGGAGGUCCACGUCUUCCACCUCGCUGGCGGACGUGGAUGCCACGGUGUUGGCCUACGCCCAGUGGCUGUCGGAGCUGCAAUCGCAGGCCUCAGACGUGCGGUGCCACCAGCAGGCGGAGCUGGACGUGCUGCGGGAGGCGGUGAGCGCCCAGAGCAGCGAGCUGAGCGAGUUCAAGCGCCACUGCGCCCAGCUGAUCCAACAGCUGCAGGGCCAGGUGUCGGAGUUGCGGAGCAAGCUGGGCGAGCGGGCCGGAGUCGGGGCCAUCGGGGCCAGCGAGGAUAGCUUCGGCUUGGGGCUCGCUUCGCUGAGCGAAGGCUCGCCCGCCUUGGGCCUGAAAGCCACGGCCUCGCUGGAGAUCAGCAAGCUGCACCGGAGCCUGGGGGUUGUCCAGGAGCAGACGCUCUUGAAAUUCGGGGAGGUGGAUCAAGCCAUGAACAUCCUCCACGGGAAUUGCACGAAUCUUCACAAGGAGCUGCAGGGCAGCCGCGGGGACUGGAAGAAGAGCCAGGAGAGCUGCUGA